AUGAACCUUGCCGCCGAUGCCGCCGCCACCGCCCUUAGUGGGCUGGAAAAGGCCCUUGGUCGAGGGGCGAAGCUUCGGGAUGCCGUCCUCUGGGGCUCCCUGGGGAUUGUUUUGAUCGUGGUGCCUCUGCUGGUGCUGUGCUGCGGUUGCGUGUGGGCCUUGAACAAGUACACGCCCACCGAGCCUCUUCGCUCCCCCGAGACGCCCGAAGAGCGCAGUUUCUGGCUGCGGGCCCGUCGUUUCCGCCGCCGAGCUCCCCCUACGCCGUCGACGGAGCUCGGGACCCUCUCGACUUCGUCCCAGCCCGCCCCGCCGCCGCCGCGUGCCUCGCCGCUGCCCGCCUCCGGUUCGGCGGCCGACUGGUCUUGUGGGGAGGCGAUGAGGGUGCAAGCUCCUCUUGGAACAUAUCCGUCCACUCCCUGCCUGCGUAAAAGAAUCUUGUAA